AGCAAACCAAACUAACUAUCAACAUGAUCGCUAAGGUUGUCAUCUUCUGCGCUGCCCUCGCAGCUGCCCAUGCCUCCCUCCUGGCCGCUCCCCUUGUCAACACCGGAGUCAGUGCUGAAUCCAGACAGCAAGACGCUUUCGGUAACUAUGCUUACGCCUAUGAUAUCAAGGAUGGAGCCACUGGAUCCAUCAACUCCAAGGCUGAAGUAGGAAAAGCCGCCGCCAUCGCUGUUGCCGCCCCAGCCAUUGCUGCUCCACUUGCCUAUGGUGCUCCUCUUGGUCUUGGAUACGGAGUUGGUCUUGGACACGGAGCUCUAGGACUCGGAUAUGGAGUUGGUCUCGGACACGGAGCCCUCGGUCUCGGAUAUGGAGCUCUUGGACUCGGACAUGGAGCUCUUGGACUCGGACAUGGAGCUCUUGGACUCGGCAAAGUUCUGUAUUAAGAAACAAACUUUUAAAUUUGAAUGGACUACCCCUCGAAAUAUGACAUUAUUUAUUUUUAAUGAGUGUAUUGUUAAU